AACCAAUCACACGCUUCUUCGCAUAAAGACCGCCCACAUCUCUAUCCGUGCGUUGCAAUUUACACUCAAUUGUUUUCUUUUUUAUGUUAGUGUGAUGGCAAUUUUUUGUAGGUGAAUGGAGGUUCUCAUGAAGGCAGAGGUUGUGUUAGUGCUACUCUCAGUGUGUUUAGAGACAGUCAUUUGUUACAGUAAUGGAAAGGUGACUGUGGCUUGUGGGAACAUGACGCCCCAACAUGGUCAUGAUCCCAGCACAGAAGAUCCUCCAUACGAUAUCAUAGCAGACAAAAUACAAUUCAGACCUGCUGAUGAAAUUAAAGUGACAUUAUCAGUGGCUGCUUCAGGGAGCACACCACACUUCAAAGGAUUCCUCAUAGAAGCAAGGAAUGCUGGGAAGCUCAACGAAGCAGUUGGAUCGUUUAAGUUAAUCAAUUCUGCCAUUUCUCAGCUUCUUCAGUGCGGUAAUAAGGAUGGCUCAGCUGUAAGUCAUACCAGUGAUUCCCAUAAGACUGAGGUCCAGGUGAUAUGGAUAGCGCCACAAGACUCUCCUCCCAGUGUGCAGUUUCUGGUAACUGUUGUCCGAAAGUACAAUGAUUAUUGGGUGAGAAUUCCAGGUCCAGUGGUGUCGCAAAAUGGUGUAGCUCCUCCCCCGGUACAAAGUACCGUUGGUGGUUCCAUUGGUGCCGAAAUCACAGUGCCUUCCUCAACGCUGUCUAAAUCGUUCACUUCUGAGGGCUGUGGAAUCAAGAAGUCCUGUUUGAGGAAUCCAGCGGGCUGUGACCCACAAAAUGACACAUCAUGUCACUUCUUGUCCUUUUGGACAGAGAGCAGAAGUGUGGUGUUUGAGCUCAGUGGACCUGCAGAGGGUUAUGUGUCCUUUGCCUUAUCACUGGACAAAUGGAUGGGGAACGAUGACGUCUAUAUGUGCAUAAGAGAUACAGACAAAGUUGACGUCAAGGCUGCAUAUGUUCUUGGAAGGACACACCCAGAAAUCUCUUCAGAGAAUGAUCUGAAAGAUACAGCAUGGAGACUAUCAGAUGGAGUGAUUCAGUGUAGCUUCAGCAGAGACAUACAACUUCCAACUGAUGAUCCAAAGAGGUUCAGCCUGGACCAGAUGUACUAUAUCUUCAUGGCACAUGGUCGAGCUCAAGAUGGGCGAACUCAUCGUCAUGACCGUCAACCUCUGAUUUCGACCAAUCAGAAACUUGUCACAGGACCUCCAGAGGAUCUCAGUGGCUCUCGCUCGCCCUUGCUGAUCAAAUAUCAUGGGGCCGUCAUGCUGAUCGCCUGGAUGUCCACAGUCAGUGCUGGAGUCAUCAUGGCACGAUACUUCAAACCGGAUUGGCCUGAAAGCAGUAUUUUGGGACAGAAGGUCUGGUUUCAGUUACACCGAUUGCUAAUGACCCUCACUGUCCUGCUUACCUUGGUCGGCUUUGUUUUGCCUUUUAUGUACAGAGGAGGUUGGAGCAAGCGGGCAGGCAUACACCCUUAUCUGGGAUGCAUUGUCAUGGCACUCGCUGUCAUCCAACCUGUCAUGGCACUUUUCCGACCUGCGCCAGAUGCAUCCAGGAGAUACAUCUUCAACUGGAUGCAUUUUGGAACCGGCAGUUUAGCACAGGUCGUAGCUGUUGUCACCAUCUUCCUCGGCAUCCAUCAGCAAGCUCUGCUCCUACCUGCUCCCUGGUCCACAGGUGUCCUGGCUUCCAUUGUGGUCUGGUUUGUGCUGGCAGAUUUGAUUCUGGAAGUCCACAGAAGGGGCUGUUUACCUAUGGGAAAGCAUUUCAAAAACGUUAAAAUCUACAUGGAACACAUUAAUUCUGAGGACAAAGAGGAGAUUGUUUUUGUUCCUGGGGAGAAUGAGACUUCUAGCGCGGAAUCUUUAUUUAAAAACAUAGUUCUGGCUAUUUAUCUCUGGGGAAAUCUGGCAAUUCUGACUUUUCUUCUUUGGACUAUCAGUGAAGUAUGAUAUGCUCAAAGCAUUUUUCACAUUUGGCCUCACUAAUUCACUAAUUGUGCCUUUUGUUAAAAAAAAAAAAAGCCAAAUAUGUAGGAAGUAAGGUUGAUUUAUGACGCAUCAUGUUAUGUUUGAUUAUUACAAAUAAUCUUGAAAUUAGUCUAAUUCGAAAUUACAUUUUCAUUACCCUAGAGGUAGGAGUGCUUUGAGAUGUAGAUGAUUGUUUUGCACUGCUUUUAAUUUGCAAUACGGAAUAUUUUUAUUGUUCAUUUUAUAUGUACAUUAUGAGCUUGUAAUAUUAACUUGCAAAGAACAGCUUUUGAUUACAGCUGAUCUGCUCAUUUAAAUUUGUUAUGUUGUGCGUUUUUAUCUCUUUACUUAUAUCUAAAGUAUAUUUUCUUUACUUGCAUUGACAAUAAUGUUUACAGAUCUGUGAGCCGUGUUUUAAGUAAUUAAACCACACUUGCUGCUGAAUAUGCCUUUUAUAAAUGCUUUGGACAAGUGGCCCCAAGAAGUUUUUUUUUGUAACACCCUAUUCUAGAUGAGCAUAUCUAAGUGAGUCUCCAGUUGAUAUGUGGAUUUAAAGUCUGUUACUGUUGCCUGAGAUGUAAACAUUCACACUGACAGAAAAGACUGAACUGAAAUGUUUCAGUUCAGUACAGAGACCGAAUGUCAUUCAGAUGAAGUGGACCAUUGAUUCAAACAUUUGCACUGUGGCAAUCUACUGAUCUAUUAUCUUAUAAAAUAAAAAUUGUCAAAUUAAAAAUGU